UAUGUGUAGAGUGUGUGUGUCCAUGUGGGUGGGGGAUCUGGUAUUAGAGUGACUUUGGUAAGAUAAGGAGAUGCUCGCCUUGCCUGAGGAGGAAGAAACGAUUUGUGUUGUAGGUGGAGUCAGUAUAGUUCAGGCGAGGGUGAGAAAAAAGGGCCUGAACAUAUGCAGAGAAGUGUGAGGAGAGGGCAGGCUUAGUAGUGAGUGUGUUUGUAUGUGUGUGUGUGAGAGAGAGAGAGAAAAAGAGAGAGAGAGAGGGAGAGAGAUACACACACACAGUGUUGUUUUUACAGAAGAGAGAGACAGGUCAGACCAAGACAGCAGUGGUGAAGAAAGGAAGUGUGACAAUCAGCUCGGGAAAUGACUGAGUGACUUAUACAGAAAUGAACGGUGAUGGCAGCAAACAGCGUUAUGUGUCAACCUUCAGGAUGCACAUCAAGCCGCCCUGUGCAGCGUCUGCACCAGAGAACGGGCCAGGAACUGACACCAGAACUUCAGACAAAUGUCCUGACACAGACUCGUCUUGUAAACGCCUGGAUCCACCCGUCUUCAUAGAGCCCCUGGAGGACUGCAGCGUGGACGAAGGGGGUGACAUCACACUGCGGGGGGUUAUUGCUGGAAGUCAGCCAAUCAAAGUCACAUGGUUGCACAAUGGUGAAGUGGCUCGUUUUGGGAAACAUUCCUUCAAUGGCAGGGAGAUGACUUUUGUGGUGAAGGAGUCUUUGCCCGAAGAUGCGGGCGCAUACACCUGCUUGGCAGAAAACAGCGCAGGGAAAACAUCCUGCUGCGCUGCUGUGUUUGUCAGGGACUUUGAAACUAUCUAUGCUGUGCCGAAUCGUGUCUCAAAUGUGGCCACUUCUGCAUUCAAGAGCAUUAUGGAGAAUGGACAGUCUCCCAAAGACGAGCCAGCAGUCUUCCAAGGGACUAUUUCUUCGUCCCCUACAGACUCUGAUAAGCUUAGCCCAGUCUCAACUCCAAGAGAAGUCAUCCCAAAGAAGAGAGCUAACUCGAGGACAGGUCCAGCAUUACGCUUUGAAAACCCUCCGCAGCACGUCAAGGUAGAGGUGGGGCAAACUGCCCGGGUGACCUGUUUUUUCACCUGCAGUCCUCCUGUAGUGUCGUGUUGGAUCAGAAACAAAGAGCAGAUAGUGGAUGGUCCAGAGCUGUGGGAAGAAAAUACUGAUCAGAGCAGUACACUGGUUAUAGCAGAGGCUAAACCACAGCACACAGGACGCUACACUGUUGUAGUGAGGGACCGCAAGAAUUCAGCAGAACACACGCUCACUCUUUCUGUCAUAGAGAGGCCACAGCCUCCUGCCUCCUGUCCUGUCAUCUCCAUCAUCUCUGACACCAGCCUUGUGCUGUCCUGGUCGGGCCCCUGCUACGACGGAGGCAGUGCCAUCCUGGGUUAUGUGGUUGAGGUAAAGAAGCAGGGACUUCUUGAGUCUGGGGAUUGGUGUGAGCUCACAUCCCAGUGUGAGAGUACUUCCUACAGAGUGUGCUCUGGGCUGCAGCCUCAACAGGAAUACUGUUUCCGAGUGAGUGCCUACAACGAAGUGGGAAAAAGUGAGCCAGGACCAGUGUCGCCGGUGGUCAAGAUGGAGCAGAAAGAUUUAAGCAAACUGCAAGAAGAGGAAGCUCCUCAAGCCUUUACCUGUGUCACUAUUGACUCUACUCACAAAGUCACAGAUCACUACAAUUUGCAGGAGAAACUUGGAGUGGGAAAGUUCGGCCAGGUGUUCAAGAUAACCCACAAAGAAACAGGACGUGUGUGUGCUGGGAAGUUCUACAAAGGUCGGCGAGCCAAAGAGAGGGAGGCUGCCCGUAAAGAGAUAGAAUUGAUGAACUACCUCCAUCACCCCAAACUUGUUCAAUGCCUCGCUGCAUAUGAUCACAAGCCUGAGAUGGUCAUGGUCAUGGAGUUUAUCGCAGGUGGGGAACUGUUUGAACGUAUUGUGGACGACAACUUUGAGCACACAGAGCCUGCCAGCGUGCGCUACAUGCAACAGAUUCUGGAGGGGAUUGCGUACAUGCAUCAGCAGAACAUUAUCCAUCUGGACCUCAAACCUGAAAACAUUGUGUGUGUUGACACCAGUGGCACCUCCAUAAAGAUAAUUGACUUCGGAUUAGCCAGCAGGAUUGAGGGUAACACAGCUCUGAAGGUGAUGCAUGGGACUCCAGAGUUUGUGGCACCUGAAGUGAUCAACUAUGAGCCUGUGUGUUUUGCCACUGACAUGUGGAGCAUUGGGGUCAUCUGUUACAUAUUGCUGAGUGGUGAGUCUCCAUUCCAGGGUAACAGUGAUGCAGAGACCCUGGCCUUGGUCACAGCUGCUCAGUUUGAGUUUGAUGAGGAGAGCUUCGAUGAAAUUACAGACGAGGCCAAAAAUUUCAUAAGCUCCUUGCUCAACAAGGACACCAGGCGGAGGAUGUCCUGUGAAGCGGCACUUGCCCACCCUUGGAUGGCAGCAUUUGAUUCUGAAGACCUGGCCACCACAAAGAAUCUGUCCAAGGAGAAGAUGAAAAGAUUUCUAGCCAAGCAGAAGUGGAAGAAAGCAGGUAAGGCCUUGUUGGCCCUGAAGAGAAUGGCAUUGCUGUCUAAAGGUGACAGCACUGCAUCUCCUACCAGCCCCAGAGAGAACUCACCCCUGAGCCCUGAGGCAGAGCAUGCCCUGCAAUCUCUGGAGCGCAAGAUGCAGGGGCCUCCCCAGUUCACCCAGAGCCUAGAAGACCAAACAGUAGCUCAGGGAUCCAAGGCCCGUCUCUCAUGUAACCUCACAGGAUAUCCUGACCCAGAGGUGGUGUGGCUGUGUGGUAAGGAGCCUGUGGAGGAGUCACCUACAGUGCAGAUAGAGUAUGAGGAAGAUGGCCGUUGUACUCUGGUUCUAGUCAAAGUUGGCCCAGAGGAUAGCAACCUUUACACCUGCAGAGCCACCAAUGACCAUGGGGAGGCAUUCUGCUCAGCCAAACUCACUGUUCAAGAGUAGGUUCAUAUGUAUGCAGAGAUAAAAUGUAUGAAUAUAAUAUUCUUGAGUGCCUUGAACAGUUGUAUUGUAUAUUCUUGUUUUAAAACAAACUAUACAUCCUGUACAGUGGCUGGAAAUAUAUAAUACACGUGCUAUUGUACAAAAUAUAUGAACAGAUGAAUAUUGUUACAGAGUUGUGAGCAUAGAUAAAGUAAAGAUUUCAUUGUGGGAGUAAGAUAUGGUUAUUCACUGACACAACACAAAUCUAUUUCUUAUUUGUUCAUGGAUAAUAAUUAAAUUCAAGAUUCCCUUCCAAACCAUCAGCUGACAAUAUGAAUAAACUAAGAAAUCUGUUU